CAAUCGGUCAGUUUGUUUUCAACAUUUCUACGGUUUUCACGAGUUUGUCGUUGUACUGUUUUCGUGUUUUCCACGUAAAUGAUGACUUGAAUACUUUUGGGAUAGCUAGUUAUGGCAGAAAACGUUAAAGUUAUAGUCAGAUGUCGGCCUAUGAACAAAACAGAAACAGCUCUUAAUUGUCAAUGUACUGUUAAAGUAGAUAAAUGUGUUGUGGAAACAUGGGAUCCCAACGAUGGUCCAGCUUUUGCGAAACAGUUUACCUUCGAUUCUGCUUACGGAGAAAACUCCACCACAGAAGUGAUAUACAACGAUAUAUGUUAUCCACUAGUAGAAAGUGUUUUAGAAGGUUACAAUGCUACGAUAUUUGUUUAUGGACAAACAGGUUGUGGAAAAUCAUUUACAAUGGAAGGUAUAAAAUCGGAGAACAGUCCUCAGAAGGGCGUAAUUUCCAGGGCGUUCGAACAUAUUUUUGAAGCAAUUUCAGUCACUAGUGGAGUGAAAUAUUUAGCUCUAGUAAGCUAUCUAGAAAUAUACAACGAACAAAUAAGAGAUCUGUUACUACCACCUAAUAAAACUCCAACACCUUUAUGUCUUAAGGAAUCUCCCAAUGAAGGUGUAACUGUACCUGGUUUAUCUCUGCUACCAGUACAAAAUGCGAUGGAAUGUGAACGACUACUAAACAUUGGUUCAAAAAACAGGAUGAUUGGUGCCACUCUUAUGAACCAAAAUAGUUCAAGAUCCCAUAGUAUUUUUUCAAUCAGUUUAGAACAUAUAAGUAAUGUAAAUAAUAAUGAUAAUAUUAGGAAAGGUAAAUUGAAUCUUGUGGAUUUAGCCGGAUCAGAAAGGCAAACCAAAACAGGCGCUACUGGCGAAAGACUGAAAGAAGCAACUAAAAUAAAUUUGUCUUUAAGUGCUCUUGGAAAUGUCAUUUCUGCUUUGGUAGAUGGUAAGGCAAAACAUAUACCUUACCGAGAUUCCAAACUCACUCGACUUUUACAGGAUUCCUUGGGAGGAAAUACUAGAACUUUAAUGAUAGCUUGUAUCGGACCAGCUUGCAGAGACUACAUGGAAACUUUAUCCACUUUAAGAUAUGCUAAUAGAGCUAAGAAUAUUCAUAAUAAACCCAAAGUUAACGAGGAUCCAAAAGAUGCGAUAUUGCGACAGUAUCAAGAAGAAAUAAGUAGGUUAAAAAGUCUGCUCGAAAAUAAACAAACAAACAUAAACGAUAUCAAAGUAGAAGACUUAACAAUAACGUCUAACGAAGAAACUGAUACGAAUCAACUUUAUAAUUAUGCAAACCUGGACUUAGACGUUAAAAGAGACCAAUUGAUCAUUCAGUAUCAACAGGAAAUGAAAAAAUUGAAAUCGUUGCAUGAAAAUGAAAAAAUAGAAAAAGAAAAUAUAUUGAAACAGAUUCAAAAAAUAAAAGAAGAAUACGACGAGAACAUCAAACAGUUAAAUAAAGAAAUAAGUUUAAAAAGAAAAGAAGAAGUAUCGGAAGCAGAAAUAAUGGAUAGAAUAGAAGUUUUAAAAGCAUCUAUUAUUGGUGGCGAGAAGGCAGACGAUAGGGAAUUAUCUGAAAGAAGGAGAAGAAAAAAACAAGCUGCUGAGGAAAGAGCCUCAGUCGUCGCUCACUUGUUGGCCAAAAUCGAGAUGAACGAAGACAGAGAACUACUAUAUAAUCAAUACAAGGACAUAAGUUGCGAAUUGAGAGUUAAAACGGACGUAUUGAGAAAAUACAGGCAUAAAAUGAAAAUACUGGAAAAAGAAAUUACUGACAUUCAAAGCGAAUUCGAAACUGAACGCGGUGAUUAUUUAGAAACUAUAAGGAAACAAGAAAGAAAUAAUAAACUGCUGAGUCAGAUAGCGGACAAAUUAACGGGGACGUUGAAAAAGGAAUGUAACUAUAGCGAUUUGGAAUCCAUCAAAGAACAAGCAAUAUGGCUAGAAGAUUCUCAAAAAUACAAACUUCCAGAAUUAGUGAUACUAAGGACGAAACUACCACCGCCAGAUCAUAACAACAAUGGAAUGUCUUCGAGUGAAUCUAACACAUCUAGUCCAUAUUUGAACAAUAACGAGCGGAUGGAAGGAAUUGACAGAGAGGAUGUGAUUACCAAUUACUUUCAACCUGCUACUAAAAGAGUUAGUGAGUUACUUAGGCAGUCUGCUAGAAUGGAUCCCGCUAAAGUUAUACAAACUUGGAAAGGCCGAAAUGGUCGUUUAAUUAUUUCAGAAUUUGCGAGAAGAAACAAAUCAACUGAGGAUACAGAUCGACGACAAUCACCAACAAAAGUGAACCUUAAUUAUAGUACCAAUUAUGGAACAAACAAUUGGUUGAAUGGAAUACCAUCGAUUCAUCAUAACGAGUCCAAAAGACCAUUUCGUCUUGAAGCAUUGCCAAACAUCGUCAAAAAUCAUAAAGAAAGACUAAACCAAUUGGAAUUUUUUUAAAUAUUAUUAACAAAAC